AUGAAGAGCAGAAGCUUGACCACCAAGAUCAAGGAAAGGAAGAUUAUGUUCAGCAUAACAGUGCUCGACAUUGAGGAGGAGAGCUUUAAGCGAACCAUAGGUUAUUGCUCACGACGAGGACGAGGCUUCACUGAAGCGACCAGGCCCAAAGCUUUGCGUGACACUAGGGUUCAUAUUGCGCAGUACUCGCUUCCCAGGGCGGCGUUGCGGCUUCAACGUGUGAGGAGGAAGGAGGAGGAUCCGGAUGAGGAUAUGGAUGCCGAAAUCAACUGGGCUUUAGAGCAGGCCUCCAAUUUGAAGCUUGAUUGCAGUGAGAUUGGGGAUGAUAGGCCACUUUCUGGUUGCUCAUUCUCACAAGAUGGCAAAUUGCUUGCCGCAUGCGCUCUAAGUCCAAUUGCCAAGCUGUGGAGCAUGCCUCAAGUAACAAAGGUUGCCACCUUGAAGGGACAUACAGAGCGCUUAACCGAUGUUGCAUUUUCUCCUGUGCAAAAUCAUCUCUUGGCAACUGCGUCUGCGGAUAGGACUGCGAGGUUGUGGAACAGCGAAGGAGCACACCUAAUGACAUUCGGGGGACAUUUGGACCGUCUUGCCCGCAUUGCCUUCCAUCCCUCAGGAAAGUACUUGGACUUCCACCCAGAUGGCUCAUUGGUUGCAACUGCUGGAUUGGAUGCGCUUGCUCGUGUUUGGGACCUCCGUAGUGGUAGAAGUAUUCUUACCUUGGAAGGCCAUGUCAAAAAAGUUCUUGCACUCAGUUUUUCACCAAAUGGUUAUUAUCUAGCCCCUGGGGGUGAAGACAACACUUGUAGGAUAUGGGAUUUAAGGAAAAAGAAAUCCAUAUACAUUAUUCCAGCACACUCCAAUCUCAUAUCACAGGUCAAAUUUGAACCUCAAGAGGGAUAUUUCUUGGUAACUGGCUCCUAUGAUAUGACAGCAAAGAUAUGGUCAGCCCGAGAUUUUAAGCCUGUCAAGACGCUCUCUGGACACGGAUCAAAAGUUACUUCCUUGGAUGUUUCUGGUGAUGGACAUCACAUUGCUACUGUAUCACAUGACCGAACUAUCAAACUAUGGUCGAGCAGUACCAAUGAGAAGGACCAGGAAAUGGAUGUUGAUUAG